GGCAGCGGGGCCGGCUCCCUCCCGGCCAGUUAAUCUCUCAUCGUCCCUAGGGCCGCACCAUCUCACUCCGACCGACGGCCCCUUCCUCUCUCCGCCACCUCCGGGGCCGCUGCGAUGCUGCGGGCGAGUCAGGCGCUGCGGGCCCGGGCGCCCUCCCCUUCGGGGGGUCCCAGCCCGGGGGUCCCCAGCCCAACGCUGCGGUUUGAUGGGGAAGUCUUCCGUUUGAAGGGAACAGGGGAGCUGGUCCGGGCCUUGAUGGUGCUGCGGCUUUGUGCCUGGCCUCCCCUGGUGACCCACAGCCUGGAGGUCCUGUCCUGGUGCCGCCGCCUCCUCGGGUCUCGGCUGUCCGGGGCGGUGCUCCGGGCCUCUGUGUACGGUCAGUUUGUGGCCGGAGAGACGGCCGAGGAGGUGCAGAGUUCCGUGCGGCGGCUGCAAGCUCUGGGACUGCGACCGCUGUUGGCCGUGCCCACCGAAGAGGAGCCGGGGACGGAGCGGGGCGGCGAGGGCUGGUACGAGGGAAACCUGUCUGCCAUGCUGAGCUGCGUGGACCUGUCCAGCCCCCCUGCGGACCCUGCCGCCCCCAGCCCGGCGCUCAUGCAGCUCAAGGUGACGGCUCUGACCAGCACCCGCCUCUGUAAGGAGCUCACUGCGCUGUUGGGAGCGCCAGGGGGUACGAGAGAGCUGAGCCCCGACAGCCUGGCCGCCAUCAUGGAGAGUGGCCAGGACCCCCACAUAUCCAGCCUGAGUUCUCAGCAGAAUCAGCACCUCGGAGCCUCCCUGAGACGGUUCCAUCGGGUCGCCCAGCACGCCCGGGCGCGGGGGGUGCGGCUGCUGGUGGACGCCGAGUACACGUCCCUGAACCCCGCGCUCUCCCUGCUGGUGUCCGCCCUGGCCCUGCGCUGGAACCGGCCUGAAGAGGCUGACCGACACGGGGCCGCCUGGGUGUGGGACACCUACCAGGCUUACCUCCAGGACACUCCCGAGCGCCUGGGCCGGGCGGCCGAGGCGGCGGAGCGGCGGGGCUUGGCCUUCGGGGUCAAGCUGGUGCGAGGCGCUUACCUGGAGAAGGAGCGGGAGCUGGCGAGGAGGGCGGGGACUCCGGACCCCACUCAGCCUGACUACGAGGCUACGAGCCGCAGCUACAGCCGCUGCCUGGAGCUGAUGCUGGGGCAGGUGUCGCGGCGGGGCCCUCAGUGCCGGCUCAUGGUGGCCUCCCACAACGAGCAGUCCGUGAGCCAGGCCGCCCGCCGGAUGGCAGAGCUGGGGAUCCGGCCGGACGGACCGGUCUGCUUCGGCCAGCUGCUGGGGAUGUGCGACCAGGUGUCCCUGGCCUUGGGGCAGGCGGGCUACGCCGUGUACAAGUCGAUUCCGUACGGCCCCCUGGACGAGGUGCUGCCCUACCUGAGCCGGCGGGCCCAGGAGAACCGCGCCGUGCUGCACGGGGCGCGCCGGGAGCGGCAGCUCCUGCGCCGGGAGCUGUGGCGGCGGAUGACCAGGCGGCCCUGACGGCCCCGCCCGCCCCGCACCCCCGGGACCCUCCCCUCACCGUCCGGUCCACCCGCCCCCUGAAACCUUCCCCGCAUGAACCGCCCCAAUCCCCUUCCGAGCCCCCGGCAAAUAAAGGCACCAGAAACCAUCGA